GGAGGAUUGAAGCCUGGAGAGUAAAAGAGGUUGUCAUGCUGUUCUCUAUGUCCAUUCAUACAGACACCAGCAUGAAGGAUCCACAGCUUCCAGCAUUGAUGUUUCUGAUAUUGUACCAAAACACUAAAUGUCUGGGCGAAGAGACGUGGGAAAAAAGGCAAGAAUGAGCCAGCGGCCCAACCUGCCCAGAAGGAAGCAGAAACACGCAAGUCUCCAGCGCUGACGCCUGAACAACUAGCGAAGCAGACGGCCUUCGAGAGGGUCCUGUAUGAUAUGUCCCACAAUGACCAGGUCAUCAGUGACAUCAUGCUGGGCCGCAGGAUUGCUUUCUACGAUCUCAGAGGAGAAAUAGGCACUGGGAAUUUCUCCCAGGUUAAACUGGGCGUUCACGCUUUGACUAAAGAGCGUGUUGCAGUAAAGAUCCUCAAUAAAGCACGUCUCGACAAGAAGUCACAGAAUCUAUUUACCUCAGAGAUCAUCUGCAUGGAAAAACUCUCCCAUCCGAACAUCGUGCGUCUGUAUGAGGUGCUCGAGACCAGUAAGCAUUUGUACUUAGCAAUGGAGUACGGCAGCGGAGGAGACCUGUUCUCACGCAUCACCAGCAGCGGCCGCCUGACAGACCUGGAGAGCAAGCUCAUCUUCGCCCAGAUCAUCUCAGCCAUCAAAUACAUGCAUGAAAACAACAUCAUCCAUCGCGACCUGAAAGCAGAAAAUAUUUUUUACACCACAUGCUACUGCAUCAAAGUGGGUGACUUUGGUUUCAGUGUUGUCAGUGAGCCGACCGAAACGCUGAACACGUUUUGUGGCUCCCCGCCGUAUGCGGCGCCUGAGCUGUUCAGAGACAAAAGCUACGUGGGCCGUUAUGUGGACAUCUGGGCGCUGGGCGUCCUACUCUACUUCAUGGUGACGGCCACAAUGCCUUUCUUUGCUGACAACUUAGGCCGACUGAAACGCUGCAUCCUGCAGGGGGCGUACAGCAUCCCGCCCUACGUCCCUGAGUCCUGCCAACUGGCCAUCAAAGGCAUGCUGAGACCCGUACCUGUGGACCGGACCACUGUGUCACAGCUGAUGGUAUGCUCCUGGCUGAGGGGCAUCGAAUACCCCAAACCCUAUCCUGCUUUCAGCGCGACGCCCAAUUACCUGGCUGACCCGGCCAAGAGUCUGUGUGUGGAGGAACAGGAAGUGAAGUCGGCCCUGAGCGAGCUGGGCAUCAGUGGCACACACCUGCAGAAUAACACCUGCACUGACUGUCGCAGCCCAAUAACAGGAAUUUAUCGUAUCCUGCUGCACCGCAUCCAGAAGAGGAGAUCCGUGGAAGCGGUAGGAUAUUCCGCCCUGUACCCGGAGGAUUUCAGUAGCAAGAAAUACUGCAGCAACAACACAACUGCUAAGCACAAUCCUUCUGCAGUGUGUAACGUCUUAUGAACAGUGUGGGGGGUUACGCAUUACAAGUAACUAGUAAAGUAAAGUAAAAAAAAAAAUCAAAAAAGUAACGCAGGUUACUUUGUUUUCCCAUUUAUUGACUGACAAGUCUUCUGUCCCCACAUUGGGAGAAAUCAGAAGUACAGAGGCGUUGUGUGCUCUGUGUGAACAUGAUGUAGUUCUACACUAAAUGUGAAUGUGCAUUAAUUCAUCCCACUUGCAAAAAAACUGAUUUAGUUAUCAUUAAAAUUAAUUAAAACAGUGACAUGCAAACUCAGAAUAUGACGCAAACCUGCAAUAAUUAAAUAUGUUAAAUAACACAAAUGUAUCUAAUCUCAUUUUAUUAACUAAUGUCUUUGCAGCUGACCUUUGAUGAUCCAGUUCAACCAUACUCAUAAUCAAAAAUGACUUUAGAUAAACUAACAAUUGUGCUUCAUUGUUUUUUUAUUGUUGAAGGCGUGUUGAAUCUUCUUCUCUUGUGUUCUGCUGUACAGACAUCAGUUUACUUUUCCUUCAGCCUGAGGUUUAUUCACUACACUUUUUGAUGUGAAAGCGCUUUUACAUUUGCUAUAAACAGAACUUCUUAUAUAUAUAUAUAUAUAUAUAAAAAAAAUCAAGCCCUGGCCAUAUUUAAAAAGUAACACGAAAGUAACGUAACUCAUUACUUUCCAUAAAAAGUGACUAAGUUACGUAAUUAGUUUUUUUAGGGAGUAACACAAUAUUUGUAAUGCAUUACUUUUAAAAGUAACUUUCCCCAACACUGCUUAUGAAGACCUCCUUUUAAUGGUUCAUGGGUGAAUAGUUUGUUUGAUGCCAUGCUUCCGGAAUUUAUGAAUUUAUAAGUAUACAUUUGUGCAAUUUUUUGCAAUUUAAUUACAAAUCCCAGCCUCCCAGAAUCAAUCCCAAGAUCAGUCUUUUAAGAAACAGCGCAACAAGUGUAGCCUAAUUCCAGAAAUCUUUUUAACAAAUCAAAAACAGACUGUGGGAGAAAUUCAGCUUUAUUCCCGAAAACAAAAGAACACAUUGCAACAAUAUAUAGUGUGUCAGCUUGUUUCCUGAAAUGAUUGGGUCUUAUGAGAAAGGAAUAGCUCAAAAAAUUGGACUGAAUCAAUAUAACUGAAAAAAAGAGAUCAAAUUAAUCAUAAUAAAUCAGUUGCAUUGCAUAAUUUUUAUUCUGUUUUACAAAAUCAACAGAGUCCAGUGGGGACCAAAGGUCUGAGACCAUUUCUGAAAUGGCUCAAAUUUGAAAUACUUAUGUUUAUUUUGUAUGUCGCUUUGUUUUAUUUUUGCUUUCAACACCAAUAAACUCUUUUCACAAAGGUCUCAUUAAAACAUGUGGAUACAGCUGUUUUUCCUUUAACAGUCUGUAUAUUAGCCUAUAUAUACAAAUGAAAACAUUUAUAAGCAGCACAAAUUGCAUGCACAUUUGGAUUUAUCACGCUCGUGUAAUUCUAAUCAGUAAGUGGUCAUUUACUGUUGCCAAGCUGUGUACAGAGAUGUGGCCAAUCCUUAACAUUUAGGAAAACAUUUGUUGUAUCACUGAGCGGCUGAAUGUUUGAGAUGUUGUAUGUUUGAUAUAGUCUGAGCCACAGCUUUUGGUUGAGUGUAGUAAAUAUUUGGUCACUGUCUGUUCUGGUCUUGUGUAACAAAGUUCACAUGCAUUUGUACAGAUUUGAUGCUUAUUUAAUGGACUCCACCGCCAUCUGUUUCUAUUAAAAUAGCUGAAUUGCUACUUGAGAUCUCAGGCAGGGUUUACAUUGACUGAAUGACGUAAAGGAUUAAACGCUAAUCCAAAUGAGCGUGGUGCUUUAUAAAAAGCUUGUUGUAUCAGCGAUUUCUUCGUAUUCUAUAGAAUCAAUCUUCUUUAUUUUCCCUGAUAAGGAAAAACAAGCAAGCCAUAGCACAUUCAUAUCAGGAAUGGAGGAGAUCUGCCAAGACGCUGUUUUUACAGGCAUAAUAGUGUUUUGUAGCUACACACAUAUGCCUUUGACUUUCUAAAUCUGAUUUAGAGAUACAUUUCAUGUUAAUAAACCAUGUUUCUCAAUGACAUGACAUAUAGAUGUAAAAUUGUUACUAUACCAUUGCGUCAUUUGCAGCAUGAUGUUUAAUCAUCAAUUUACAGUCAAGCGUUGCAUGUGAUUUAUUGUUACAGGAUCGCAUGUUAAUAUUAACAGCUUUUUGUUUGAGACAAAUAUAUUGGAUAGUGCUAAUAUGAUACAUUUCAUAUAACCUUAUGUCACACAAAUUUCAGAUGCUAGAUAAAAAUGCAUUGCAUUAUAUUUUUGUAUAUGGAAUAUGAGAAAAUGUUAUAGAAAAAAAAUGAAGGGGCUUUUAUCCAGUACAUAUAUUGAUUAAUUUUAUUUUUGCAUGAAAUGUAAACUGGAUUGUUGAAGUUCCUAAGCUUCAAUAAAAGUAAAAAAAAUAAUAAAGUGUACACUUCUAUCAUAAAAAUCAUAAAAAUCCAUACUGUGGUUAAAAAAGAAGCCUCUCUUUGAGCUACAUCUGAUCAAAAAUGAUGUCACACAGUUGUUUAUUUUCUUGUGUAAUCCAAUGCAUGUUGUUCUGUGAUGAAUUGGGAAAGCUAAGAGAACAAAAAGAGUAAAUAUGCACUCUGGUGAUUAAUCACACAUCAGACUAUCCAGCAUCCAAAUAACCAAUUAAAAGAGUUUAUUUUGAA